AUGACACAAACAGAGCUCGAUCGGCUAUCUAUUGGCACAAAAAGCAGGGACUCCGACCUUGAAGAUGGUGACACAGUGAUUGCUUGCGGAUGGGCACGUAAUAUGGCGAAUUUGAAAAAGCAUGGGUUCCGCCCAGUCUGGACCUCUUCCAAUGGUUACCCUGAUGCCGACAUCCCCUCCGAUAUCAUGGAGUAUUUGGACGAAAACGGAUCAUGUGGUGCGGCGAGAUGCAUUGGACCACUCAAAAGCCUGGCAUGGCUGGCUGUGCUCGACGAGCUAGUAGAGGCAAUUGACAACUCGGCUUUUACCGUCGAAGACUCGAUCGAAAUUGUACCGUCUGGGGCAGGGCUGAUGUGGCCAAUCGAAUGCCUCAUCGAACCUCAUCGAGCAGGGAAGAAUUUCCUCUCGAAUCGCAGAUAG